AUGAAACACAUGUUAAGAUUACAAAGACAAAUUACAUCAGCCCAUAAAGUUAUUGCUGAUGAUGCUGCAAAGGCUGGAUUAUCUGUCAGGUCCACUAUUAAUUUACUAACUUCACAAAGUGGAGACCGUGAAUUUAAUGGAUUUUUAGAUAAUGAUUUUAGAAAUUAUAUAUCUGCCAAGCGUAGAACAGAGAUGAUUAGAGGAGAUGGUCAUGCUAUUAUGGAGUAUUUUCAUAAAAUGCAAUUACAAGAUCCUUCUUGUUUUUAUUUAGUGCGAUUUGAUGAUGCUGAUAAUUUCAUAUUAAAUGUGUUCUGGGCAGAUGGGAGAUCAAUUAUCGACUAUCAACAUUUUGGAGAUGUCAUAUGUUUUGAUACAACUUAUAGAACAAAUGAGUAUGCUAGGCCUGCAAUGUCUGGUAAGCAGCCUAGAACGAUAUUGACAGAUCAGUGCCCCGCUAUGGCCAAAGCAAUUGAAGAAGUAUUUUCUGAAACUCAUCAUCGAUUAUGUGUGUGGCAUAUUUAUCAGAACGCUGCUAAAAAUUUAAGUCAUGUUUUUCAUUCAUCAAAACAAUUUGCAUAUGAUUUUAGCUCUCGUGUAUAUGGUUAUGAAGAGGAAGAUAAAUGGCUUCAAGCUUGGGAUGAUAUGCUUAAUAAGUAUAUGCUUACUGAUAAUACAUGGUGCAAUGGAAUUUUUGAAGUAAGGAGAAAAUGGGCUAUGGUUUGUGGGCGGCAUAUGUUUACAGCUGAUAUGAUGAGCACCCAGCGAAGUGAGUCAAUGAAUAACGUCCUAAAAAAAUAUUUGGAUGCAAAGAAUAACUUUACUCAUUUCUUUGACAAUUAUAACAGGUUGUUGUCAGAUAAGCGUUAUAAAGUCCAGUGUGGUAGAAAAGAUCAAGAACAUUUGGUCACAUUAGACGCAUUAACACCAUCAGUUAAGUGUAAUUGCAUGAAAUUUACGUUUGUGGGAAUCUUAUGCGCACAUACUUUGAAAACUCUUGAUAAGAAGAAUAUCAAACAGAUUUCGCCACAAUACAUCUUAAAGAGAUGGACAAGAGAUGCAAAAAUUGGAAUGAUUGAGGACAAUUAUAUCAUUGCGGUUGGAAGUAGUCCGCAAUAG